AUGAUGAGCGAUGGAUCCGCGAGGUUCAAGGAGUGGCCCAGGGUUGUCUGCCUUGGAGAUCGGGGCGUUGCCAUGCCUGGACGAAGCAACAUGGCGGGCGCAUCGUCCCAAGCAGCUUCCGUCGGGGGCCUUGCUUUAGGGGCAUCCCGCGGAGCGCAUCCAACAAUGCGACUGGAUUCUUUCCUGAAGUCCACGGAUCCCGGAUAUCAGCACGCGGAGGCACCCACUCAGGGUGAUCGCUUCAUCAGGAAGAUGGCUACAUAUGGGCAAAUCCGCCCUUCGGUCAGCUUCGUGAGCGAAGCCCGAGUAAUCCGACCUGCGAAGGAGUGUGGCGCAAUGGACAUGUCGAACUUGCCAAAUCCAAUAAUGGACCCAAAGGGUGAUCCUCGAGAAGGAACAUUCGAAAUCCCGGCUCCUCCUCCGGAAGUCGAUGAUUCGUUCAUCAAGAUGUAUCAGAACCACAGCUUGAUGCUCCCAUCCGAGCGCUACAAGGAACACCUCCUCAUGAAGGCAGGUGAAAGGAAGUGGCGCGAGGAGCGGGACGCAGUCUUCCGCUACCGAAAGCGCAUGACGGUCCUGGAGCGAAAACACCCAGAAGGCAUCCUGGGAAUUGAUGGGCCCACGCAUCCAGAUACCAUUCUCUACAAGGACCGUUACCAGCAUUUGGCUGCGCAGGCUGAGCGCAAAGCGAACAUUGCCGAAGAUCGGUUCGGGAACUUGCACUCGCAGACUUACUCAGACGAUGCUGUGGCAAUGCGGAACUACGGCACUGAUCCCGGCUUGGAGCGCUCCAAGGAUAUUUGUAUUCAGCGGAAGUGCGUCGACCCGGAGCAACAUCCGUUUCGGUUUUUGGAUACACAUGCCCGCCUCUUCCCGAAGUUCUCCCCAACCUGGGAUCCUGAACGAGCCGCAGCCUUGCGAAGUCAUGACGUGAGGGACAAGACGCACAACAUUGUCAACGGGGCGCAGAAUGCUUUGACAUACGAGGUUGCAUUACCGUGGGAGGAGGUCCAGCAGCAGGCUGUGCAGCGCCGGGUCGCGGAAGCUGCGAAGACUGCCACGCGAAGCAAGAACAUGCGAAGCAUGGGCAGCCAUGAGAUCUGA